UUUCUCUCUCUCUCUCUCUCUCUCUCUCUCUCUGAGGUGGAUAUCCGGCGUAGCCAGCCACCGCUUUGAUCCUUGAUCCAUCAUCAUUUCAUAAUUGUCUCUUCGAUGCCAAUUCAUUACCCUCAUACAAUCAUCACAAAUUCAGAUCUGAGCUUUUGAUUCAUUCAGCAAACCACUUCCGUCUCUUAUAAUCGUCUUCUUUACACCUAUCUGAUUCCAGCCCUAGAUUCUCGUUCCUUCGAUCUUCUUUUACUCAGCGAUAUGUCUUCCAAACUGUCAUCUCGGUCAAGAGGAGGCGCCCCUGUAAAAGCUAACUCCAAGGAAACCGGCCCCAAGCUCGAGGAAAAUCUCAACAUAUUCAAGUCCGAUAAAUUCGACGCCGAUGGCUUUGUCAACUCCAAGUGUAAUUCCUUGAACGAGAAGGAGAUAAGACAAUUAUGCUCAUAUCUUUUGGAUUUAAAGAAAGCUUCUGCAGAGGAAAUGCGAAGGAGUGUAUACGCUAAUUAUACUGCAUUCAUACGCACAUCAAAAGAGAUAUCAGAUUUAGAAGGCGAACUACUGUCCAUAAGAAACUUACUAUCCACUCAAGCCACCAUAAUCCACGGUCUAGCUGAUGGGGUCCAUGUCGAUUCUUUAUCCAUCACUCUUCCGGAAGGUUCCGGUUUAUCUCCUGAUCAAGACAGAGACCCUUCAGACUUAGAAAAUUGGUUAAUCGAAUUUCCCGAUAUUCUGGAUGUUUUAUUAGCUGAAAGAAGAGUAGAAGAAGCUCUAUCCACCCUAGAUGAAGGUGAACGCAUAGCUUCAGAAGCAAAAGGAAACAAUUCUCUAAGUCCUGUUGUUUUAGCCUCCCUUCAAACUGCCACAACAGAAUGCAGACAAAGAUUAGCCAAUCAGCUUUCAGAAGCCGCCUCUCAACCCACAACACGUGGCAGUGAGCUUCGUGCAGCCAUUAACGCCCUUAAAAAACUAGGAGAUGGGCCCCACGCCCAUACUCUACUCCUUCAAGCACAUUACCAAAGACUUCAAUCUAACAUGCAGAACCUUCGCCCUUCAAGCACUUCAUAUGGUGGAGCCUACACAGCUGCCAUUUCACAGUUAGUUUUUUCUGUUAUUGCACAAACAGCAACGGAUUCGAAUGCUAUUUUUGGUAAAGAACCUGCGUAUAUCUCUGAGCUUGUGAUGUGGGCUACAAAACAAGUUGAGGACUUUGCUGUUCUUGUGAAAAGACACGCGUUAGCUUCAUCUGCUGCUGCUGGUGGACUUAGGGCUGCUGCUGAAUGUGUACAAAUAGCUUUAGGACAUUGUACUUUGCUUGAAGCCCGUGGGUUAGCACUUUGUCCUGUUCUUUUAAAACUUUUUAGACCGAGUGUCGAACAAGCACUCGAUGCGAAUCUAAAACGAAUCGAAGAGAGUACAGCUGCUUUAGCUGCAGCCGAUGAUUGGGAUCUUUCCAAUUCGCCAGGUGUCACACGUCUUUCCGGAAGGUCCACAACAUCCGUAACAUCUCUUCACCAUAAGCUCUCGAGCAGUGCUCAAAGGUUCAAUGUGAUGGUUCAGGAUUUCUUCGAGGACGUGGGCCCGCUUUUGAGCAUGCAGUUAGGAGGGAAAAUGUUGGAGGGGUUGUUUCAGGUGUUUAAUUCCUAUGUGAGCAUGUUGAUAAGAGCACUCCCGGGGUCCAUGGAAGAAGAAGGAAGCUACGAAGGGUCUGGGAGUAAAAUUGUCCGGAUGGCGGAGACUGAAGCCCAACAAAUGGCGUUGCUUGCGAAUGCAUCUUUGUUAGCUGAUGAAUUGUUGCCUCGUGCAGCCAUGAAACUUACCCCUCAAGGUCAAGGUCAAAAUAUUUACAAAGACGACCCUCGUAGACGCCCUUCAGGGCAAAAUCGGAACACUGAGCAAAGGGAAUGGAAGAGACGGCUUGCAGGGAUAGUAGAUAGAUUGAAGGAUAGUUUCUGCAGGCAGCAUGCGUUAGAUCUUAUUUUUACUGAAGAGGGUGAUAGUCAUCUUACUGCUGAUAUGUACAUACACAUGGAUGGAAAUGUUGAGGAAAUUGAAUGGUUCCCUUCUCCAGUUUUUCAGGAACUUUAUGCGAAGCUUUACAGGAUGUCUGGAAUAGCAGCAGAAAUGUUUGUUGGAAGGGAACGUUUUUCGACAAUGUUGUUAAUGAGGCUUACGGAGACUGUGAUCUUGUGGCUUUCAGAAGACCAAACUUUUUGGGACGAUAUCGAGGAAGGACCAAGGCCUUUAGGUCCUCUUGGUCUUCAACAGUUUUAUCUGGAUAUGAAGUUUGUGCUGUCGUUUGCUGCGCAAGGGCGUUACUUAUCACGGAAUCUAAACCGAGUGGUGAACGAAAUCAUAUCUAAAGCACUUGCAGCCUUUGCUGCAACAGGAGUGGAUCCAUAUGCUGUACUUCCUGAGGAUGAGUGGUUUGGAGAGAUAAGUCAAGAAGCAAUAGAUAGGUUGAGCGGGAAGCCAAGAAUAGCAAAUGGGGAACGAGAUCUAAGCAGUCCAACUGCUUCUGUUUCAGCACAAUCCAUAUCCUCCAUCAGAUCUCAUGGGAGUUCUUGAUUGUUUUGUUUGUAUAUCUCUUUCUCACCAACAUUUCUUUUGUAAUCAUAUAGAAUCUUAGAAUAUUUUCAUUUUUCGUGCUUUUCGUUCCGUUUCAUAUAAUAUCGUUGUGUUAGAUAUGGGCAUUACAAGUUUAGGAAUUCUUUCUUUAUGUUUCUCCGGU